AUGCGGCAAUCCAAGUCCCGAAAGAUCACCAUCCUGGGCCACCGGUCUGUGGGGAGCUGCACAUUGACAAUUCAGUUUGUUGAAGGCCAAUUUGUUGAUUCCUAUGAUCCAGCCAUAGAAAACACUUUCACAAAGUUGAUCACAGUAAAUGGACAAGAAUAUCAUCUUCAACUUGUAGACAAAGCUGGCCAGGAUGAAUAUUCCAUUUUUCCUCAGACAUACUCCACAGAUACUAAUGGUUAUAUUCUCAUGUAUUCUGUCACAUCAAUCAAAAGGUUUGAAGUUAUUAAGGUUAUCCAUGGCAAAUUGUUGGACAUGGUGGGGAAAGUACAAAUACCUAUUAUGGUGGUUGGAAAUAAGAAAGACCUACAUAUGGAAAGGGUGACCAGUUAUGAAGAAGGAAAAGCUUUGGCAGAAUCUUGGAACGCAGCUUUUUUGGAAUCUUCUGCUAAAGAAAACCAGACUGCUGUUGAUGUUUUUAAAAGGAUAAUUUAA